UUCGAAAAAUGGCACAACGACGUCCUUCCCAAGCCUUGAACGAGUUCAGGGCAAUGCAGGAGGCUGGCGGAAAUUACGGGAAAAAUUAUGCACGUUAAAUUAUAACUAUUGAAGGUUCCUCUCUUCUCGACGAAAAUUAGUGGCAAAUAUGGAGGAACUUUCUUCCUUGGAGUCAGAUGGAGAGAAUGCGUCAACUGACGAGAAAGCCACUUCGGAUACGACGAAAAGCACUGUCGACGAGGACGUCGAAGAGGAAGAAAUCCCACUGGAGGACUGCGACUUGUUGAUGGGACUUUGGGGCUGGUACCCUGAAUGGCUCCAAUGCUACAGGACUCCACAAGCGUUGCUUUUCUGGUUGUGCUGCGCCACUUUCCUUCAAGGUUUUUGGUUCACUCACUACCCAUUAGUUCCAUCAUCGAUCAAAACUGGCAUGGUCGUCAACGGGCUCGUCAACGUAAUCAUUACGACGAUCGAGCGUCGAUUCCAACUUCAUUCCAUAGAAAGUGGCAUGGUCGCGAGUUUCUACGACGUUGGUUAUUUCACGUUCGCAUUUCCUGUUAGUUUCUAUGGUGGUUCUCGACUGGCCCAAAAGCCCCAAUGGAUAGGGAUUGGGGUACUGGUCAUGGGGCUCGGGUCUCUGGUGUUUUCACUGCCACACUUCCUAGCGCCCUCAAUGAUGUCGUCGAUGAGCGAGACGGAUACUUUGUGUCACGUCGGCGGGCUGCACGGCGAAAAUCCGUGUCAAGGCGCCACGGAAACGUUUUUCUCGUCUUACAAGUACAUUUUCUACUUCGGACAAUUCCUGCAUGGCGUUGGAGCGACUCCCUUGUACACUCUUGGAGUCACACUGUUGGAUGAUACAGUUUCAUCCGAAAACUCGCCAGUGUAUCUGGGAAUAUUCUACGCUAUGGCGGUUGUGGGCCCGGCAGUUGGUUUCUUCAUCGGAGGAGAGUCCUUGAAGCAACACACAGAACUUACUCUAAAAGUUGCAGAACUGGGCUUGUCUCCAGGAAGCAACCUUUGGGUCGGAGCGUGGUGGAUUGGAUUUUUGAUAGCUUCGAUUGUGGCUGUUUUUGUUGCUAUUCCAAUCCUCAUGUUCCCAAGAAAAUUGCCA